AUUUAUAACGUUUUGGCAAUAGCGUAGCAACAUCCGCUUAGGGCCGGGUGUAGUUAAGACUGCGUUUCCACUGCAUGACGAACCAGUUCUGGAAUCAGUUGUGCAAAAGUAUUACUGUAAAUAAUACUUUCCGUUGAGUUUUUUUCUGUUUUUCUUCCAUACACCAUCUGGAAUGUUUAUUUGAUCACGUCCAGUAACGGUGCACUUCGGUCGAAUACAUCAGACACAAUACUUUGUGUAGAUGGAUACGGUAAUGUACCUUCUAAUGUUGUACCUGUGUUUGUUGCCAUUAACAAGUGGACAACCUGUCCGGAAUGCGCAGGAAACGCUGGAAACCGUGGAUCGUGCAGCUAUGGUGGAGCAGGCAGAAGCCAACAUGACCAACAGCGUCAUCACGCUGUUGCCCGCGCUCCCGGAGGCAGUCGCGGCCGAAGCACUGGAGCAGCUCGCAAUAGUCCGUGCCCCGCUGGGGGGCUUGGCUUCCUUUUCCUGUCUGACUGGCUUGCCCGAACUGGCGCAGGAGGUUGUCUGGCUCUACCACAACGCCUCCUUCCACAGCGACGCACUGCCCCAGCCUCCCCCUAAAGGUCACCACUACCAGCAGCUGUCUAUCGCUGACACCAGCCACUUUCUCAUCCGCAACAUCACUGCCGAAGCUGCCGGGACGGUGGAGUGUUGGCUGCCCUGCGGCCCAAAGCCACAACUGUGCUUCGUGCAGGGUUAUGACCUGGUGCCCAAGCUGCGCGCCCACGACGUCUUCACGGAGCCCAUGCGCAAUGUGAUCACGCCGCUGCCGGAGUUCUCCAUGACGUGCACCGGCCGCGUCGACUGCAGCCGGCUGGGGCCCAGCGCGCACUUCAUUGAAGUACGACGGCCAGUUCGUGGCGGCUCCCGAUUUCUACCGGCCUCCCAUUGCCGUCCACUCGCACAUCCCCGGUCGGCUGCAAAGCAACGUUAACGGCAACGCAUCAGCGGAAGGAGCUGCCGAAGUCUUCUGCUCCAGCACGUUGACCAUCACCGUCAGCGGGGUGGCCGAUCGUCGGCCGGCGCGUGUGGAUUGCUGGCUGCGCACGGAUCUCGGCAGCUACGAGUGGUUCGUCCAGUCGGCAUUCGUCAAUUUUGCAUGAGCGGUAACUACAGUAAAUUUGCAGAAUAGAAAUUAUGCUCGGCUUUAUCCUGUAAGCUCUUCCUGUUAAGUAGUUUUCUGACAGCCCCCAUGUACUCGUAUAAGUGCUUGAUUUUCCUAAUGUUUUAUAUCUGUAUAAUGUCAU